AUCUGUACCUAUACAAUUCCCUUGUUUCACCGGCGCCGGGGGACUGAGAUCAUUAGCCGGACGAGAAGAGUUAGCAACUCAUUUCAAACAAAAUGGACGAAGAAAUGGAGGAGAGUGAAGUCUACACCUUCACGGCGGUCGAAAUCGACCUUGAUUACGAGUUCGACGCCGUUCGCUACUUCGACUUUAGCCGAGAGGAGUCGUUAGCUGAGGCUCAUGAAGCCGAGCUCUGGUUUGAAACCGCCACUACUUAUCCGCCUUCUCCUUUUGUGGCAAGGUUGUUUAAUGUGAAUGAUGGCUUGCUGGAAAAUGUAAAUACAUCCCCAAAACCCAAGCACGUGGAGGAAGCAAAUAUGUUAGAGAGUGAUUCCGAUAAUGAGGUGGAUGAAGAGACUUCAGCUGUGGAUAAAGAUGGUGGACAAAAAGAGUUCAACUGUAGAGGGACUUCUGCAAUUUUGCAGAAUAGCAACCAACAAAGGUUUCAGAACCACCAACAAUUGGCUUCAGGGUUAACAUUCUAUAAUCACAUGAAGAAAGAUAGUUUAAAAGCUAAAACAAAGUCCAGUGCGAAGCCAUAUCUAUCAAGGACUUCAACCCUAAUGAAACCAACAGCAAGUCAAUUGGCCAAGCAGAAUGAACCUCGUCAAAUGUGUUCUUCCAGGUUUCAGAGGCAGUUGGUUGAUAAAAAUGAGAAAAGCACAAAUAAUUCUUUUGGUGUUGAAAUUCAGGCUGCCAAGAGACAAAAACUUGAGGGAGGUCACUUGAGCAAGGUUAUUGACACAAAGCAUCAAGUGAACUUUGUCCACAAGGAGCCUAAAAGGGAUGGGAUUGUUGUUGGCAACACCGUGCAGACCAAGUUGAGGAUUACUAUUCCUCGAGAACCUGAUCUUGAAACAACUUACAGGGCUCACAGAACGAGACCCAAAACUGUUGAAGAACCUCGAAGUUUGACAUCAACUGUUCAUAGGUUCAAAGCUCUCCCAUUGAAUAGAAAGAUACUUGAGGCUCCUUCUUUGUUGGCUCCGAAAAGAAGCACCCCUAGAGUGCCAGAGUUUCGUGAAUUUCACUUGAAGACUUCAGAGAGAGCUAUGCAGCACACUGCAAUUGCUUCAGUGUCUGCUGCAUCUUUCAGUAAUUCCAACAAGGAGGUGGAGAGCAGGAAUUCAACCUCACAACAAUGUAGAGAUGAAUCCAGAAGAUGUAAUGUUGUAGAUACAUCAAAAGAGAGGUCCGAGUUAUCUCACAAUUUCAAAGCUCUCCCUCUUAAUAGGAAGAUACUUUCAAGUAAAGGAGACAUUGGAGUUUUUAGAAAUAGCAAGAGAGAGAUCACAGUUCCAAUGGAAUUUAAUUUCCAUACAGAAAAGAGGGUUCAGCAUAAUCCACCAAUUGAACUUUUUAACAAGCUCUCUCUUACGUCUGAACCCAAAUCAAAGAUAAAGCAGCCACAUCCUGCCAGCCUACCUGCAAAGGGUUCAAAAGAAAACAGAUGGGAUUCUUUUCAGGAAGAACAACAGGUAAAACAUGACAUGAAAGAAAAACUACACUUGAAUGGAGGAAAGCAGUUCAGCAGCAACGUGAAGAAAGCUGAUGAUGGUUUAAUCUCUGGCACCAAUAGGAGUUUGGGAGUUCGCUGAGAAUAAAGGCCAGAGGUCAUAGCUGCAUCAUUGAUGGGCAGCUAUUCACCUAAGCUUUCAUUCUGAUCGAAGUUGGCAAAACCAUACAGGAUAUGUGGCAAGUACAUUCAUUGUCAAAAAAUUGAAGA